GCCAUUUCUUUUUUUAAAAUUUUUAUUCAGCACGGACAUAGUUUAAAGUUGUUUGUUGACCAUCAUGGAUGAUGGAAAUCGUUCCUCCAACGUGUUCAACAUUUUUCUCAUCGGCAUGUUCGACACAAUUCAAAAAUGUUUUAUUGAACAACUAAAUUAUAAUGGAACUUAUAAGUUUAACACAAGUUGUACAAAAGAAAUGCAGUGUGAUAAUACAGCGAUGUUCUGCAAUUUAACAACACUCCGAUGCCAGUGUGCUGAAUUUCACUUUUGGAAUGAAACUGUUGGAAUAUGUGAAUUUCAGCAUAAACGUCUGACUAAAUGGUUAAAAGACAACGGAACAGAUAGUAUCAAAUAUAUAACGGAAAUAGCCGAAGCCCCAUUUGUAUCAAGAUAUAAUAUACCUUUGUCUGUAACAGCCGUAAUGAUUCUAGGUUGCAUAUGCUUCUUGUUUUGUGCAGCUUACGUCUGUUAUGGUCGAAAUGAAGUUGAUGGAGACAAAAGUUUGUCCGCAGCAUUAUUUAAGCAAAACCAACAGUCAUGUAAAAUCCAAACGUCUAUUAUAGACAACUUUUGAUAACACAGUUAUGUAUGGACGUAAUAAUAGUUAAAUACAUAUUAUUUGACAUGAAUAUAAUAAUUUAAUACGUUGACAUUUUACCAACAUUAAAAAUUUAUUUUAGAAAAAAUAGUUUACAAAAUGAUACCUAUAUAAAGUC